CCGACCAACAUCCUUUCUCGGGCAACACUGAUUGGUGAGCAUUCCAGUAAGUUGUCUAUAGAGUUCAAUAGUUAUUACACGGACUGAUAAGACCAGCAUGGUUAGUAUUUUGGCGUACGUUUAGGAAAUUUUGAACGAUAUUUUCAAACAAUUUUACUACUUUCGAAGUAUCGGACGUCAAAGAUUAAGAAUUCAUAAUAUAAGUGAUUUAUUUAUACAUAAUUUUCUGCGAUGAAACAAAUAAAACCAAUAUUUCAGUUACCUCAAACUUUGCCUAAAUUUUAUAAAUCCUCUGCGUCUGAACAAGUUUUAAUCGAAUUUAACAAAGGAGAAUUUGUAUAUGUAGUCGGAAUUGUGGAUGUUAGAGUUUUAAUUGGUGAAAUCGAAGUAUUGGGUUUCACGAUUUCAGCAGACAGUCCAACUACUACACUGUACUCUUCAGGAUUUCAUGGUUUAAUUUCAAUUGGGUCUAAUAGUGAACAGAAAGUGACUGUUUUACUUCAGAAGAGUAGCCAUACCAGUAUGUGGCAGAAGUUUAUGAAAGAUUAUGCACCCAGUAUGUCCAAAAUGUUUAAACAUGUUUAUUUUGGUUUAAUUACAUUUUUUUAUAGGUUUUAGUAUGUUUGACAUAAAAGAUUGGAGAUUAAUACCAUCCAAACUUAUACUAGAACUGGAAAAAGAUUUAGGCUGUGGAUUUGAUUUAAGCAUUACUCCGAUGUCAAAUCAAAGACUUGUUAUCGAUGAACAAUGGAAAGGUUUUAGCAAUGAUCUUCUCAACCGUCCUAUAAAUCGUAAGUUUAUAAAUCGUAAUUUAUGUUAUAUCAUAUUAUCACUUUUACUACUUGUUAUUUUUAAUUAGAAAAAAUAAAAGUUUUAUUGGCUGGAUACAAAAAAUCUGGAAAAUCAACAUUGAUGCGUUAUUUCAUUAAUCGAUGCCUAAAAAAAUGGAAAAAAAUAUUAGUGUUGGACUUGGAUAUUGGUCAGAGUGAAUUCACUAUGCCUGGAUGUGUGUCUGCAUUUAUUGUCGAUACACCAUUACUUGGACCAAAUUUUACUCAUAUGUUGCAACCUUUCAAGUAAUCAGUAUAUGUAAAAUAUGUCCUAAUAGUUAAUAAUAUAAUACAUGCUUUACAACUUUAGAUCAUAUUUUUUUGGGAGCACUGACGUUACGAGUAACAUUCCACUUUACCAUAAAAUUGUUAAAAUAAUAGUAAAGGACAUAGAAAAUAUUGAUUUAAAUUGUAUUCCAUGUUUUAUAAACACUAUGGGAUUUGUUGAAGGUAAUAUCUACUGUUAAAUUAAAACAAAUAAAAUGUAAUAUAAUUCAAAUAUAGUUGCAUUAUUUUAAAUUUAGGUUCGGGUCUCGAAAUCUUGUACAAUAUUCUAUCUGAAACAAAACCGUCAGAUGUAAUACAGCUGAAAUUUGAUGAAAGGCAAGAUUUAAAUUUACAUUCGGAAAUAGUUAAUGAUAAUGUAGAAUCUACCUUGUCUUAUGAUCUUUGGUAUUUUAUAUCUACUGUUAAAAAUGAUUCUGCUAGAGCUCCUCAGUUUCGGUAAAUAAUAUACCAUAAUCAUUUAUUUUUAAUUAAUUCAAUCAUAUUCUGUAAUUUCUUAUAGAGAAAACAUAAUUAAUAAACAUGAUUUACAACAUUUGAUCACAACUUCAUAUUUCAGUAGGUGUUUGGGAUGUACAGACAUUUAUUUUAGCGAUGUUGUUCCAUAUAAGUAAGUUGAAUUUAGUUUAAAAUAUUGAUAUAAAUUAUUAUGAACAACAUUAAUCAAAUUUUGAGUUAAUUGUAUGGAUUAUAUAUAUGAUAGUGUGUAUGAAACACAUUUUUUACCAAUCCAAUUGUCCUUAAAUAAGUGUUUGGUUUUGAUUGAAUAAUUGUUUAAAACAAUUACCUCCCCUAUGUAUAUGUUUAUAAUAAUAAAUAAUGUUUAAUUUACAGAAUAAACUUUAGCAAUAUUAGUAUUAAAAUAAAUGAUGUUGAAGAAUUAACCAAAGCUGAGUAUUUAAAAACAAUAAAUACCAAUGUAAUUGUCUUGUGUGUUUCUAAAGCUACAACAGACUUAUGUGAAUGUGUAGGAUUUGGUAUAUUAUUUUGAUUAUUUAUUUUUUAUUUUAUAAAGUAUAUGAGUUGACAAUGUUUUAAUUUUUUUAUUAUUUUAGGUAUUGUUCGAAAUGUAAAUAUAUCUACUGGUGACAUAUAUGUAGUUACACCUGUAGCACCAGAUAUAUUAAACCAUGUUAAUCAGUUCCGACUUUGGAUUUUCAAGUAUCCACCAUCAACUUUUUAUUCAAUAGGUACAACAAAUUCAAAAUAUUGUAAUGUUAAACAAGAUAACUUUUUUAACGAGAAUGUAGCAAGACAUUAUAAAGUGAUGUUAUGAAUAUUUUAUUAAUUUAUCAUCAAAAUUACAAAAUAAUAGGUAAUUAUUAUUAAAAAUCAUAAAUAAGUGAGAUCAAUGUCUUAGAAAUAAUUAAAAUAAUUUGUUUCUUAAUUUAUAUCCCUAUCAAAUCUAAAAUAAAUAGCUGUGAGUAUACUUUUAGUACCCAUUUUUGGUAUCACUAAUGAUGAACUUUGAUAAUCUAUUUUGCUUGACUUUGGCAAUAAUUCACCUAUUUCAAAUGACCCUAAUUCAAUCAUCACUUCAAAGGCUGCAUGGCAUUUAUAUUGAUUAUUAGCUGCCAAAUCAUAAAACCUAAUCAAACAAAACAGAAUUGUUAUUGAAAUUACUUCUCAUGUCAUUGAGAUUAACUUACUUGAAAGGUUUAAUGUUUUGACAACAAACUGUACGUUUUAAAUAUGGAUAAAGAAUAAUGUUUUCCGAUUCAGAAUCUGUUAACACAUAAUUUAUUAUUGUAACAUUUUAAUAAUUCUACUGUAAAAAAUAUACAAGACAAAUUUUUACCGUCAUGAGCCACUAAAGUUCCAUUAUCUAAACAUUUACGAAUCAUAUCAAAUGAUUUCCCAAUGUAUGCAGAUCUCCACUUAUCCAAAAUUAAAUUAUUGAAUUUUGGAUGUUUACGAAGUGAAAAUUUGCACCAACCUGCUUCAAUAGAUAAUUUAUUUUCAUCAUGUGUAUACAAAUUGCAUCCAUCACAAUAGCAUGUAUGUCCAGAGUCUAAGAAAAAUUCUUCUAAGGAGAAAAAAAAAUAUUCAAGAUUAUACAUUUAAAUUAACUUAAAUGUAUACUGACCUGGGAUACUAAGAUAUGCCCUAAUUUUCAACGAUAAAUUAAAAUAUUGACACUGCUUAAGGCGCAAAGAUUUCAAUAUAUCGUAUUGUCUUUGUUCUCUAGUAUCAGGAGUAUAAUAGCUAGAGGGUUUUCCUGUACGCAUUUUCGAAACCCUCAGUGUAGAUGUACUUGCUUCUUCAUCAAUCCAUUCGGCUAAUUCAGCUGAACGAGAUCUAAUAUCAUGACCACUAGCCACCAAAACAUUUUCAUUUGUCUUAUCAGUUUUCAUCCAAGUCAAAUCUGCUAAUUCACUUUCUUCAAAAGCAGGGCUCUGUUUUUCAUCACCUUCUAAAUCAGCUUUCUCUUCAGAUGGAAUUUGUUGACUUGCAUCUUCUGGCAAUAAGUCACAUUCCAAAGGCAUAUUUGGGCCAAGCUCGACAGGUGACAUGUCUAUAAAAGGAUUUACUAUAGACACCUAAUUUUUUGAAUAAAUAAAUUAAUAAUUAACUUUUGGGGUUAAAUAAUAAUUUAAAAAAAUAAUGAAAUGUACUUGUUCACACUGGCCAUACAAAUCAACAAUACCGUAACAAUCAGCUGGCAUGUUAAUAGCAGCUAUUCCAUAAUCUAUCCGAUUAACAAACAGUUUUAAAUUUUUUUCACCAUCAAUCAUGAUUCCAAUUAUAUCCUCUGGUAAGCAAUAAUUUAAAUCCGGACCAUAAUUACUUUUGAUCUAACAAAAAAUACAAUAAAAAAAAUAUGUAUAUUAUAUAAAUUUAAAGAAACCCUGUGUUAUUCAAUGUGUAUGGAAACUACAUACCUUAAGACCAUCAAAAUAUACAGAAUCACCAGAUAUUAUCCACGUACUAUCAUAUCCUUUUAAAGAUAAUGCGGUUGCAGGUGCAGUGUUAUUUGAACAUGUUAUCUUGGAUACACCUAUCAUUAUUGAAGAAUCCCAUUUUUUAUUCAAAGAUUGAAUUACAACCUAUUUAUCAAUAUCAAUCACAAUAAAAUAUAUACAAUUUUUUCAUUGGUUUCCUAUGAACCUGAAAUAUAGUGUUUGGUAGUAAAAUAUCUGAUGUCAUUAACAAUCCAUGGUUGUAACUAUCAGUUCUAGUUGCUGUACGACCAUCUCUUGAUAAACGCACAUUGCGACCUCGCCAAUCAUUAAAUCUCAUUAAUUUGUAAGUAGACUAUAUUUAAAUAAAAUAUUAUUUUUAUUCAUUUAUUAUUUUUUGGAAUCCAAGAAACAUUUUACCUCAUCUAUAAAACAACUCAUUUCUGAUGAACAGCAUUCACUCAUAUCUUCAUCCAAUACAGUCAUUCUUUUCAAAACAUUAAUUGUAGUGUCACUAAAAUAGAAUAAUUAUUCAAAAAUAUUAUAAUUAUUUAAAUUAAAUAUUUUAAUAUUUACACUUUAACUGAUUCAGAUACAUCAGAUAGAUUAUCACUGCAUUGUGAUGACAUUAUUUGCUCAUUAGUUUUUGAAUCUUGAUCAUUAUGUAUUACUUUAGCCGAAAUAUGACAGCCAUAUAAAUCGAUCACUCCAUAUACAACCUAAUACAAAGUCAAUCAAAUCAAGACAAUUUUUAAAAUAUUUAUAUUAAUUACCUCAGGUAAAUUAUAUAUAGCAGUUCCUUGAUCAUAGCCAUUUACAUACAAAUGUAAUGUCCGAUCCCCAGUAUACUUGAUACCAAUUCUAUCACCUUCUCUCAAUCUAUCUAAACUUGGACAAUAGUUACUCAUGAUUGGUGAUUGAUUGUUCCAUACUUUAUUUCCUAGAAAUAAUAAGAUGUAUCUUUUUUUUUUGUUUUAAAGGUAGGUACAAAAUAAUAAAAUAUAUUAUAGCAUUUUGGUCAAAAUUUGCAACAAUGAUUCAUUCCUCUAUAAUUCUACUACAAUUGUUUUUGAAAAAUAAAGUAUGAUCAUCAUUUAUUUUUUGAAAUCGUUAACAUUUAGUUUAAUCAGACAAUGUCAAAAAAAGUUAGAUAUAAUUACUCAAAUUUUAUUUGUAUGGUAAAAUAUAGAUUGAUCCUUAGCUAAUUCUAGAUUCUGUGUGGAUUUUUUUUUUUAUUUAUCUGAACAACUUUUCUCUCAGAAAUCUUGCUCCGAUUUUUAAGUAUAGCACUUUUUAUUAAAGGUUAUUUUACUGGGGUACUAAGUACUUUUGGGCGGUUGUUUUUUGAUUUUGAUUUCAAGAAUUUUCCCAAUAAAUAAAAAUAUGGGAAAAACAAGAAAAUAAGUACAAUAUUAUGAAAGAAAAUAUAUAAUGCAUAUACAAUUAUUUUACUAUGAAUUGACCUAUAUAUUGUUGACCAAGCAUCACUAUGAACUAAACUCCGCUCAGAAUCAAUGGUUAGCAAUGGUUAACCAUUACUUAUAGAUGAAAAUUAAAUUACCUUUAACGGUGACUGCACCCUUCCCCUUUAUCUUAAGAACUUUUUUUUUAGCAUACCUGAAAAAUACCAUAUAUCUCUGUUUCCAUUUAAAUCUUUGAUACUUGGUGGUAAUGGUGUUUUUGGUAAACUGCUAAUAAUACCAAUUCGCAAACUUCCAGCAUAAUUUGUAUUGCAUUGCACUAUUAAUAUCUGGAAUAAUUCAUUUGGUACCAUCUUAUUAUUGCAUAUUAUAAGACCCCCUUUAAAAGAUUUUAUUCUUGUAGCUGUCCUGUUUUCUUCAAUUAAUCUUAUGUUUAUUCCAUAAAGAUAUUCUGAUAAAUUAAUAUACCUAAACAAAAACAAAUCAUCAUAAAUUCAAAAAAUAUUCAUUACUCAUCUUACUUUUGUCCUUUAGUCCCAGUCUCAGUCUGAAUUGAUAUUGCAUCAUCCUGGGAGCAACAACUUGUAUCAGAGUCACUUUCAUCACAUCUUAUUUCUAGUGGACUCUGAAUAGUAACCUGAGUGCAGCGGCCAUAUAUAUCGAUCAAUGGAUACAAAUUUGGUGGCACAUUAAUGCAUGCUAUCCCUUGAUCCUUGCCAUCCAAAAAAUAACUAAGACAUCCAUUAUCGUGUCUCAUUAUACCAACCACAGAACCCACUUUAAUUUUAUCCAAGUCUAAUGGAUAAUCAUAUUUAACUGCUAUUCCAUCUUUCAUGAUAGUGCAUCCUGAUAAAACCCAAGUAUCAUGAUCUAAAUCUGUCAUCGUAUUUGGUAGAUCUAUAGACAAUAUAUUUGGUGGAAUUGUAGUAACCCCUAGAAAGUAUUAUUAAUUGAAAAUUAUUUCCUAAUUUCCCAUUAUCUAUUAUAACAAUAAUAAAUAUUUUCUGUUAUUCUCACCAACUUCUAUUGAACCUGACCAUCGAUCAUUCAGUCUAUCCACGCUAACAGCAAAUAAUUCACCAUCUUGUAAUGUUUGAUUGACUAGAACAAUUGACUGACUGAAUUCAUAUUCACUGUAUAACCUAUCGGCUGUUCGACCACGUGAUCCAGGAACAACACGUGCAUUUUUUCCAUGAUUAGGAAAGAAUCUAACAUUAUUUCUACAACAGGACAAUAAAUAAAUUAUAACUAAUAUCGAUUAUUGAUGUAAUUUUAAAAAAUUAUUUACUUAUAUGGAGAAAUUUGAUCAACAUUAUCACGACAUAUAGUAAUUUGAGCCGCCUGUCCAUAUAAAUCAACAACACCGUAUACACCAACUGGGACAUUUUUAGCUGCUUCUCCUUGGUCUACUCCAUUGACAAAGAAAUGUAAAGUGCCAUCCGAUUUUACCAUGGCACCAACACGGUCUCCUACCCUCAAUGUAUCUAAAUUCACUCCGUAUUGGUUGACUACUGUUAUCCCAUUGUGCAUAAUUCCAACACCAGUCAUCAUCCAAGUACCGGAAUGAACAUUUGUCAUUGUUAAAGGAUAAUCAAUGUCUCCUGGACAAUGUGUGGUUACUCCAAUUUCAAUUGAACCAGCCCAUUUAGUGAUUAAACGAUCUAAACGUACUUCAAACAGUUCAUCUGAACGUAAAGGUCGCUUAGUUAAUACGACACCGUUAUUAAAAUCAUCUAAUGCACUAGAAAAUAAAUACUUAAUAAAUAAUAAUUUAACUAAUUUACAUAUUUAAUUGUGUUACUUUGGUCUAUAAGCAACUGUAUUAUUGUUAAUAACUAGAGUAUGAGCACCACACAUUGGAUGGAAUUCUAGUAAAUCUUCAUCCAACACUACAACAAAAGUAAUAAUUUUAUAUUUACAUCUAUUUAAGUAAAUUUAAAUCUGAAAUUAUUACGUGGGUUUUCAUUAGACAUGGUCAAUGAAUUGCUUAAUCUUGUGAGUAAAUUUUUUUCCUCGUUGACGUCGCGAUCAACAAUAGUGACUUUAACUGUCCUGCCAUACAUAUCUACAACACCCCACACUUUAGGGGGUAAAUUAGAGACUGCAACUCCUUGAUCAAGACUAUUGAUGUAAUAAUGUAAAUCACCGUUUCGCUUGCGCAUCAGUCCAAUACGAUCCCCUACCUGAAACAUAGGCAUAUUACACGUAUUGUAAUGAAAAACUCAAACUUUUACUUAAUGUUAUUUUUGAGUUAAUACCUUCAAAUCGUCCAGAUUGAAAUUACCAUACUCUCGUCUGAUGCCUUUUCCAUUGGCCAAUAUACCACGCCCAGACAUCAUUGAAGUGCCGGUCCUCAUGUUGGUCAUUGUCGACGGUAUUGGUAUGGCUCCGGGAUCAUGAACAGUUACACCCACCUCAACACUUCCACUCCACUUGUCUACCAAUUUGUCAAUACGGAUCUAUAGAAUACAAACAGACAGGGCAAUCAGAAGCCUAUCAGCUGGACAAUUGUCAUUUCAUACCUCGAACAAUUCGUCAUCAUUUAAAUUUCUGUUGGUCAUAACUACUCCAUUGUUAAAUUCAUCGAACGCCCGUAACCUUUUGGCCGUUCGGUUAUUUGGUGAAAGUUUUACUAACGUGCCGCAAUGCAAGUGAAAUCUCAGGCGGUCGUCAAAAUUGACAGGCUGCAUUUUUUAUUGUUUUACUAAAACGAGAAGAUUUUACAUAGUUGUCCCAGAUUGCGGACAAGUAUAGGUAAUAUUAACAGCCGUAGAACAAAUUUUAAAUAUUAUUUUGUAGUCGCAAAUGUUGAUUAAACGAAUAUAAAAAUCUUAACCUUUGUCCAAAAAGGGGCGAAAACCCGAUAGCCUACCCGCAAAUAAUAAAGAGUAGAUAUUAGACAGUUUAGUCGAGCCGGCGAGACAUUUAUCAAUCAACGAAAAAAUUCACCGAACUGCCGAUCAACGACGACUGAGGCUGACGGAAUCGUUUAUCGUCACAGUAAUAACAGUAUUGUUAUCGUUUGUUUUUGUUUAUCGGAGAGAGGGGCAACGAUUAUUGAUAAGAACAGUAUGUUGCGGGCUCGCAGUUGCAUUUCGUUCGAGCAGCCUGCUGCCGAGCAUUUCGCAACUUUUGAGAAGUUUUUGAAUUUUGAGCGGGAAAAUUUUCGACCGUCUGUUUUUUUUCCACUAUUCGCCAAUGAUUUGAUUUCAAAAGUUAUUAUAGGUAUAUCUUAUAUGAUACAUUGUUGUAUAAUCAGCGGUGUAGGGUGUAGCGAAUGUGGGGUAAUGGCAAGGUUUAAAAUAAUAACUUAAAUCGUAAGUUUUUCGUAAGAUUGCAAUAAUUAACAACCUAUUUCUUUAACAAUGUCAAUAUCUAAACUUUUUGAAAAAUGUGUUAAUAGUCUUACAAUUUUUAAAUACAAAUAAAUUUUUUUCUAUAAAUCAGACUGGUUUUAUGAAAAAAUAAAUCAACAACUGAUGCUUUAGUUGCUGUUACAGAUCACAUACGUAGGUUUUUAGAUUAUAAUAAAAGAGCAAUUGGUAUAUUUCUUAAUAUUAAAAAGGCCUUUGAUUCAGUUAAUCAUACAAUUGUAUUAAAAAAAAUUAGAAUCUUGUAGUAUAAGAGGAACGGUUAAUUGUUUUUUUAAGUAAUACUUAGAUUCAAUGCUAUGCUUAUUGGGAAAGUGUCAAUGUGUUUAUUUUUCUUAUAAAAAAAUAAUGUAAAUACUGUUAUUAUUGACAAGUAAACAUUAUUAUUAUUAUUAAGUUAUGGUCGUCUUGAAACCAUGAAUUAAGAUAAUAUUAUCUUAAUUAUUGGUUAUAACAAAAAACAUAAUAUUCUCGAAACAACUUUUAAAUUAAAAAUAAGUUGUACUUUGUUGGUACCUAUAACUUAUUUUAAAACAUUGGAUAGUGCCGAAUUUAGAUAUGUUGCGCCUAAAUGUAAAAAUAAUUUUACUUCUCUACUUAUAUUUAAUUGUCACUAUAAAAAAAAAAAAAUGUUCAUUUUGUUAUUUUAUUACAUAGAUUAUUAAUAAUUACAGUACCUAUUAACUAUUAGAUAUUCAUUAUAAACAAGAUAUAAAUAAAUGUCGAUAAUAAAAAUUAAUAUUAUAUUUCUUUCAUACAUAUAAAUCACUAUAAUAAAUAUAAUUGUUUAGUAAUUAAAAUUUUUAGUAAUCAAUAACAAUAUUUUUUAAGUGGACACAUUUAUUAGCGAAUAAAGUACUUUUUUUUCCUAAUUAAUCGACAGCAGUGAAGGAUGGAGGAUGCCUGUUUCUCGAGCAGUCAAAUCGCGUUUACACCGUGAUCGACUUGUUGUUUUGAAAAUAACAAAUAAUAUGUAAUUAUAUAUUGAAAUUUAAAUUUAAAUCUAGUUAUGUAUAAUUAUUAUUAUUUCACAUCAUUUUAUAAUUGAUCAGCGGGGAAAUCCAAAUUGACAAAAGCCGCGUUAUGUAUACUGAAAUUUAUACUUUGGAAGACGCGUAAUGCAUAUUUGCCACAUAAUACAAAUGAGCGGCCUAAUUUCAAUUAUUUCCGAUAUCAUACGGACCGUGAUUAACUUAAUUUAGUGAUUUUCGAUAAUGGUUUUUAACUUCAGGUACAAUGUGUAAAGUAGUUAGUAUACCAUAUCAAUUUUGUGUUUUGUUUUACUGUCUUUUAUCACCGGUUACAAAAAAUUAAUAUUAACAAUAUAAAGUCAGAAACAAACAUCGAAAACCACUAAAAGGAGGUAAGUCACGGUAUGUACGAUAUCGGAAAUAAUUGAAAUGGAAUCACAGUGACGGCCUUUCAUGUUACUCAAUUUAUUUACACUAUGCGUCUUCCAUAGUAUAUACUUUACUGGUUAUGUCAAAUAAAAAUCAAUAAUAUGGUAGACAGUGUAAAUAAAUAAAAACACUAACUCGUAUAUAAUAUGAUGAACGUUAUUUAUUACGGAGAUGUUCUUCCCGUAGCCUCGUGCGAGUCGUGCGUAUUAAGAACUAACUGCGGAUGGUAUGCUGUAUGCAUCACACCGACACCGUCCGUUACAGACAGAUGGUAUAAUGAUAAUGAUUUAGAGCCUACAUUUAUGAUCCACCACUCUUUGACAUAGGUCUUUUAAAGAUAAACUUGAGUUUUACAAUGACCCAAGUUUAAUGAAGCCGAAGACGAUGUUGAAUCAUUUCUUAUUAAAUGCAUAAUAAAAUCGAACUAAUUGCGGUUUAUUUUAAAUCUUCUUUUUGUAAAAAAUGGAUCAUUCUCUCUUUUUUUUUUUCUUCUGACAGAUACCAGGGCCAGAGCCAGAUUUAGGGCCCCGCGGGGGUCAUAAAAUUCAUAAAAUUCAUAAAAUUUUGGAAUUUUAUGAUAUUUAAAUUAUGAUACAGAAAAAAUGUUUUAUUGAUAUUGACCCAUAUUUAAUUAAAUAAUAUUGAACUCUAUCGUAAUCAUUGUGCAUUGUCUAUUGUAAUAAUAUUGAUAAAUACAUUUCUAAAUAUACACAUGUGGGUCUGGAAUGUCUAGUAUCUCAAAACGUCAUAGUAAACACGAUGGUCAACGACAAUAAUUCAUAGUCAGAAGAAAUGAUGAGAUUAGUUUUCGGUAAUAUCAUAAAAUAUGUACGACAGACUGUCCGUCUGUAUAUUAUUGUUUGGUUAUUUGUUCGUUAUUCGUUAUUCGUUAUUAAUUUAUUAUUAUUAAUGCACACCAUUAGCAACAUUUGUGUAUAAUAAUUUUCACAAUUAUUGUUGUAUUCUUUUCGUAUACAUUAGUUACAUUAGGCUAUAGUGUUUUCUAUAUUAUAAGAUAUUAAUCAGGAAAUUGUGUUAAAAUUUUUACAAAUUUAAAAAUGGAAGAAAAUCGUCAUAAAUUAAAGCGAUUUUAUAUGAGUGUUGCAGAUAAACGUAAACAGGCAAAAGAAAAAGAAAAAAAAGGUAGACAUACUCCGCACAAUAGAUGCAGCCAUUGUUGUUGAUGAGAAGUUGGGAUGGUAGGAUAUAUAGAGGAGAAAUUAAUUUGUAUCUGUAAGUCAUUGUUUACUAAAAACGAUUUUGAGUUCCAUUGAUAGUGAUGCUUUCCAACAAUAUAUAUGUAGUAUUAUGGUAAAAUAAUUAUAUUUUAUAUAUAUUUUCUUUAAUAAUAUUUGUUUAAUAUUGUACCGAUUUUCCUAUGUUUUUUUGGAUUUUUCACAUUUGCUGGGAAAACUUGGGAAAAUCGAAAAAUGGCCUUUUAAAGUACCUUCUCAGUCAGAUUUUCUUUUAGAAAAAGUAUUAUCAUUGUAAAUCGGAAUAAAAUUUCUUAUAAAAAAGUUGUCCACAGAAAAAUAAUCUUAAUAUUUUACUAUUUUAUUUCAUACAUUUUUCUUUCAUUUUUUGUUUUCAGUUUUUUGCAUUUGAUCAGAAAACUCCUGAGAAAAUCAAAAAAUUACCUCCCUAAAGUACCACCCAUAGAAAAUUUUCUUUCAAAUGAUUAUUAUUAAAUAAGUAUUUAAUUGUUUCUAAUAAACGUUAUUUAAUGAGCAAAAAAAUAUGUUUUCUUGUUUAUGUAUAAGGGGCCCCUACAAAGCAAUCCACUCAGGGGCUACCACAUAACUAAAUUCGCCCCUGCUGAGUGAUAUGGCUCUCUACCCCCUGAUCAGGGAGUUUCAGUAUUUCGCAAUCUUGGUUGCGUGCUCGGCACACGGGGCUGUGUAAAGCACUCUGCUGCAAACUACCAACAUUAGUAAUGCCCUCUUGGAUUGGAUUCCAAUAAUGUGCUUGAGUCAUCCUUAUAUUAAUUUUAAAUUACCUACUUCAGUAUUCUUUCAAACUUUAACUGACAUCAAUUUUGGUAAUUUAAGAAAGAAAUUGUAAUUUAGUAUGAUUCAUUCCUUGUUUACAAGUUGUGACUUGAGUUGGUCAAGUACUCAAGUAUGACGGAAUAGUUGUUGAUUUUAAAAUUAUUAUAUUGAAUUGUUGAAUCUUCAGAUUGUUCUUUGUCAAAAACUGUUUUUCUUUAUUUUAAACAUUUGGUACAGAAUUUAAACAGAUGCAUUCAAAACUUUCCAGCGUUGGGUAGAAGCUAUGAAAAACAUGAAAAUAUUUUUAAGUAUCUAUGUAAAUGAAGGAAUUUAAUAGCCUGAGUACAAUGAUCAUUUAUUUUUACAAAGAGAAUGUGCAGAACAUAAGAUAAAUUUUGCUAAGGGGUUGACUUUUUAAACAUUUGAUUGCAGUCCAGAAUAAAUCUCCAAUAUAUUUACUGCUUUCAAAGCAUUUUUACAUGCUUACAAGCAUUUGAGCAUUUAUUUUUCUUUAUCUGUAGAUUGUAGGUACCUAAAUAUAUAAAAAAAAAAUAAACAAAUGAAUAAAUGCAUCGCCUGGAGUAUUCAUUCAUUUAUUUAUUUUAUUUUUAUAUAUACUUUUUUUAUUUAUAUAUUUAUUUAUGAUUAUUAACCAUUUUAAUAAUUUUGUUUUUACUUUAUUAUUUCCUACAUAUUCAUUUAUUCAAAUUCAUAACACGAUUGAUUAUAUUUUUAUAAGCUUAUAUAUAGACACUAAUAUUCACCAAGAAUAUUUUUUAGUUGCAAUUAUUUAACAUAAAUACAUUUUCCAAAUUGUUCAACUAUAUUUAAGCCUCUAGGAAAUUAAAAUUAAUAUGUAUGUUUCACAAUAAAUUGUAUAUGUAUACAUAUAUUAUAUAAAUAUGUAUGUCUAAUUAAAUAUUGUGUAUUUAUAUAAUAUUAAAUAAUAGCUAAAUAAGUAUAUAAAUAAUAACAAUAAUAUUGUUGUAUAUUAUAUUAAAUAUUAAUAAUAUUUAUAAGAUUCAUCAUUGAACAGUUGUUAAAUUUUAACGUGUAUAAUAAAAUUUACACAAACAAAUUAACAUAAUAACAAAUUUAACUAUAGUUAUACUGCAUCUUUAUAUUUUGUCGAGUACAUAGUGAAAAGAACCAUGUGAUAAACUAGGUGUAUAAUUUUCAAUAGAUACCAAAAAGCUUGGACUUAUGUUAUAGGUAUACAACUAAUAACAUUGAUUUUAUAAUAUUUACCGAGAUAGAUGUUGUUAUAAAACUAUCGCUAAUAUUAUAUAAAUAAUCUUAAUUUUAUUAUUAAACUGUUUAAUGACUAGGUAUACAUAUAACAUAGAUUAGAUUACUUAUCUAUCAAAUACAAUCUAUUACUCAUUAUAUCAUUAUAAAUCGUACGUAUAAUAGUGAUAAUUAUGAAUUAUUUGAUGGCAACGGUGGUUACAUGAAGUUGUUGUGGAAAUGUAAUUGAGGAGGAUUGCCUCCAACCGGUGAUCGGAGCGGAAUAUCAUCACUCUUUCUGUGUACCAUUUGUCUACCUGACCAAGCACGCGUCGGACUCGGGGAGUUACGACAAGUCCUCGGCAACGUAUCAAUCGAUCGAAUAGGACUUUGAAUAUUUAGUACACUUCUAGGCAACGCUUCGACGGAUAGGCUAAGUGCUCCUACGCCACUACUUCGACCUUGCAUUCUCAUCAACUUUCGUUUCUAUAAAAAUAAAUUAUUUUAGUAGGUAGGUACACAUUAGACUGUAUAAAAAUUGCAUAAUAAUGUUUUUUUCAUUUUCUGAGUAGAGCGAAGAAGCUUAUGAUUUAAUAAAAAUGUUUAUUUAUUUUUUUUCUGUAGAUAACUUUUCUACCAGAGGACUUGCUCGAAUUUUUACGUGUAACAACUUUUCUGAAAGGAAAUCGAUAUAUUAAAAAAGUCAAUUUUUUGAUUUUCUCAAAUUUUCUUGUCAAAUACGAAAAACUGAAAAAAAAAAAUGGGAAAAUGUAAGAAAUGUAGGUAUUAGCAAAGAUAUUAUGGCCUUCUUUUUUCCUGUUGACAACUUUUCUAUCAGUAAUUUUUCUUCAACUUUUAAUGAUAGCAAUUUUUCUAAAAGGAAAUUUCUUUCGUUUAUCUACUUUUUCAGGAGUUAUCUUAGCAAAUGUGUAAAACUGGGAAAAAACAUGGGAAAACCGAGAAAAAUUAAGGGAAAGCAGAGAAAUUGGUACAACUUAAAACAAAUAUUAUUAAAGAGAAUUUAAAGAGCCUACUUAAUUGUUUUACUACAAUAUGGCAUAUAUAUUUUUAACAAAACAUCACUAUCAACUGAACUCCGCUCAGAAUCGUUUAUUUGUAAGCAAUGGUUUAUCAUUCCUUACAGGUAUAAAUUAAAUUACCUAUAACAGUGGCUGCACUAUCUCCAUUAUCCUAGGACAUAUUUUUUUUACAAAUAUUUUUAAACAAUCUAUACUAACCUGAACUAUAGCCCUCCAAGUUUGUCCAUAAUUGCGUGCCAAUUGCAAUCGAUUUUGCUUGCGUACGUGGUGCUUUUUGUAGCCAAUUUCGAUAACAAUUAAAACCAUUCCGACUACUAUACCCACGGCAACUAGUAUAAAUACACCGGCCAUAUUUUUCAACCCUAACGUGUUUGGCGUUUUUUCUUGAUCUUCACAUUGUUCCACUCUACCUUGAAAAAUCCACUUGUCGUCUAAACUCUCCAUAAAACCACCUGAUAAAUAAAAGUGCCAAACAGAUCAGAAUAAUAAUUUAUUACCAAGGACUACAUUAUUUUAACAUUAUAAGCAUACUCUCGUGAAAAUCCAAUAUUGAUAAGGUCACCGAUUCCGACCAAGGUGAUCCUUUCUGCAAACCAAUCCCGUAACCAGAACGUCCAAAUAAUUCACCAGCAGUGACUAGUUGACAGUCUUGUGCGGCUUCAAAUUCCAAACGACUGCUGUCCCAUAUGAAAGCCAUGAGUUUACUGGAAAAUAAUUUUUAAAUUUCUGUAUAAUAAUAAUAAUAUAUUUAUUCGGCCAUAAAAAUAAUUAGCACAUGUUUAAAGUAGCAAUAAUGUCUAACAAUAACACAUAAUUAAUAAAAUAAAAAAAAUUUAACUAACAAGAGUUUUUGGCCCAAUUCACCACUGUGGUGUAACCUCGUAUUUCAAUGAAAUAAUUGUUUAACAUUGAAGACAUUCAUUUCUUUAAAAAGCUUCUCUAAAGAGUAAAAUUUUGGUUUAUUUAAAAUUAUUAUUAUAAUGCUUUUUUGUGUUGUAAGUAGUUUGUUAUGUGUCAUUAUUUCUAGUCCACCCUAGGCGGUAAUUCCAUAUUGUACAAUAGAUUAGGUCAUUACAAAAUAAGUCAUGCAUAGAAUUGAUUUAUCUAGUACUUUUCUAACAUCAAUAUAAAAGUGAUUAAGCUUUUGCAUCUUUAUUAUUAAGUUUUGAAUUUGAAUAUCCCAUUUUAUAUUUUAAUCAAAUAUGACACCUAGAUAUUUAGUACUGUUUGUUUUUUAAAUCAUUAUUAGUUCUAUAACUUGGUUAUGAAUUUAAUUUUACUAAAAUUUAGCUUUAAAUUGUGUUUAUAAAGCCAUUAGUUGAUAAUAUAUAUAUAUCAGACUCAGCGUAUUUCUUUUUAUUUCAGCAUAAGUCUUUUCCCAACUAGUUUUAGAUACGAUUAGAGCCGUGUCAUCAGCAUAUGAGAAUAAUUUACUAUGUAUAUUUGCACCUUAACUACUUAGUUCCGCUAUUUAUAUUAUUAUAUAUAAGAAAGGAGAAAGAACAGUGCUUUGGGGAACUCCAUGAGUGAUUUAUAAUUCGUCACUAAAGGUAUCACAAAUUCGUGCUUGCUGUUUACUAUUUUACUUUUAAAGAUUCAAAAAGUUCAUAAGGUUUGUUAUCUAUACCUAUCGAUUAGAGAGUACAUAACAAUUUAUCAUGAGAGAUGCUAUCAAAUCUCUACUUAGGUCCAUGGAUAUUCCAAGAGUUUUGUUUUUAUUUUCCAAGUUGGUGUAUAUAUCAUUAGAGAAUUGAGCUAUUGUAUCUUUCGUAUCUAAGUUUUUUCUAAAAUCAUAUUGAGAUUUUGGUAAAAUGAAGUUUUCUUCCCUUUCAAAUAUUUUUGAAAAUAUAUUUAGAAAUUGAUUGGUCUAUAGUUAACAAUAUCUGACUUAACUUCAUCUUUAUGUAUGAGUGAUAUUAAUGCAAUUUCAAAUAAAUUCAGUAUAAUGCCUUCCAGUAAAAUCGUAUUAAAUAUAUGCACUAGGGUAUCCAAUAUAUAUUCUUUAAUACGUUUUAUGAUUUUUAUAAAAAUUCUGUCCUUACCUGGGGCUGAGUCACCUUUCAUGUUUUUAAUUUCUUCUUUCAUGGUCAUUCUAAGACAUAAUGAAUGAAUAGAAUUAUUAUUAACGGAGGCGUGGUUUUUUUGUUAAUUUAAAAUAUCCUUGUUUGGAUCCCCAUUCACAUAAAAUACGAGUUAAAUUUGUUUGCGACUAAGGUGGCAUCCUUGUUUGAGUCGUGUAUUUUAUUGUUAAUGUUUAUGUUGAAGCUCUGUGUUUUACUUGGAGUAUGGGUUGUUAUAUCUUUAAUUGUUGACCAUAACUUUUUUAUGUUAUUAGUGUUUUUAGAAAUUAUUAAAUUAAUUAUUUAAUAUUAUUAAAUAUAAAUAUUAUUAUAGCUAUAGUAAACCGACGUGUUUGCUACAUACUCGUUCUUCACAUCACGGAUGGCUUCUUCGGCAGUUUCAUAGUUGUUAGCCUCCAUCGUCCUGUACAUGUUAGAUAGCUCCACUUGCCGCCUAAAGUACAUGUCGACCGCGGAUCCCUUGACAGUGGCACAAGUCAAAUUCUCCAUCGUACUACGGAGCUGUUCACAAAGCAAAUCCUUA